AUGGAGGAGAUUCUACGAAAUAUGGGUUUGAUUGCUCGUACACGCUUAGCCAAGGUCUGCAUGUCUUGGAGUUCACUUGUUAUGCGUGCUGAAAUCCGCAGUGCUCCACAACUGCCAUGGUUAGUACACCCUCAAACCCCAAACACCAACUACUUAACCUUUUCCAGCCUCUCUGAGGGUGAAGUUGUGAACAUGGAGCUCCCAAAGCGAUUCCGAGGACAAGGCAAGUUCAAGUUUCGAGCGUCUUCUAAAGGUUGGUUGAUCAUUUUACAAGAAAAAGGAUUCGGCUUUGAUAUGUUCCUAUACAAUCCGAUUUCUAGAGCCCGACACCAACUUCCUUCCUUAAACACUAUUCCAUCUUUCCUAUCUUUCCAACUAGCAAGAAUGCUAGGGAAGGUUAUCAACAAUCAUGCCGACAAACAUGCCGAGAAUUUUGUAUCUAAAGUUGUGUUGUCUAGUCCAAAUAUCUCAGAAUGCAUUGUGGCUGCCGUUUUCGAACCUCAGAAGGAAUUGGGAUUAUGCAGACCUGGAGACAAAAGCUGGACUGUCUUUGAGAUACUGAAUCAUGAGGACGACUUCCUCAUGGAUUUACUUUUUUCGCAGGGCAUGCUAUACGGCUUAGUUGAUAAUGUUGAUAAUAGCAAGUCCACCAAGAAUGGCAUCGGCGCAGCUCGCAUCUUAAACUUUGGAGAUGAUCAGGCAAUGACAGUGGAAUUGAAGUUGGUCUACGGCCAUAAAGAAGUUGGUAAUACUACAGAAUAUCAUGAUGACUAUCUAAUCUUUUUAAAUAGAGACUACAACUCAUAUUUGUUAGAAUCGACAACAAAUAGCGACAAGGAAAUCUUGUUGAUCCAUCAAAUGCUCGAUUGUUUAAUGCCCAACUGUGCUGCUGCUGCUGAUGAUGAUGAUGAUGAUGAUGAGUCGGAAAUCGAAUAUCAGAGGACAAGCGGGUUUGUAGUAUACAAGAUUGACCUCGAGUGUGGCAACUUUCAUGAGGUACAAAAUUUGGGGGACCAAAUAAUAUUUUUGGCAGAACAUAGCUCUUCCUUGUCCUUUCCGGCAAGUGAUUUCAAACUACAAGGAAAUUGCAUUUAUUUUGCAACAAGCGGAUACGCAACUAUCAACCUACCUCUUAAGACCCUUCUUGGAUCAAAUAUAUCUCGUGAAAUCGGAAUCUUUAGUUUAGAUGACAGAAAAAUUAAGCGGCCGUUUCCAAGUCUUGAUGUUGCUGGCAUUUCAUCACCUAGUCAACUGAGUUGGUUUAGUCCAAGUUUAUGA